AGCCCGGAGGGCGGAAGGUGAGUCACCUUUGCUGUCAGGCCCUGAUUCCAGAACGGGGCCUGUUGGACCCCCGUGUCCAGGGUACUGUCCCUUCCCACAGGCUCCUGUUGAUGUCAGAGACUCCUGUCUGCGCGGUAGGUCUGGUGAAUUCAGACAGGCCACGGUGCGCAUCUGUAGAGGAGAGGCUUGAGAAAGAGCAGGAGCAGGAGCAGGAAAAUGGCCUGGAGCUUUGGAGGUGUGUGGGGUUGGGGGGUGGGCACCAGUCACUGAAUGGAGACCCAGAUAAGGGUGGGGUGACCGGGACCAGGGCAAAUCAGACUUCCGGUGGUGCCUCCUAAUCUCAUCUUUUCUAACAACGACCCAGGUAUUUUCCUCACCUCCCCACACAUACCUCGUGUGCCACAAAUUGGGGGCCUGAAAAGAUUGGCUUGUGGAGGGGGGUGAUGAGGGAACGGUAAAUAGAACUUCACAGCAUGCUUUCUGGAAUAUGCUAUGCCCCUCCCCUGUUUUAUGCUGCGCAGGGUAAGGGAAUGUGGUACACCUAGUGGUGGAUCAUCAGAAUUGGAGGUGGAAGUAAAGGGAAGAGUGAUGAAGUUAAGAGAAGGCUUCUUACCUGUGGAACACUGCAACAGGGACCAGAUAAAACAAGAAUAUUAAAGCAGCAGGUCCCCAAAUCCUGAAAGAGAUAACGUGGAGAUUCCUGUCGUUGAUGUUGGUCUGCCCACCAAGCUCAGCUGCUAUCACUGUUUCCUGACUUGUCUUAACCUUUUCAUCUGUUUGCCCAUAGGCCUGCUUUAAGGCUGAUCAGUUCUUCAGCAAAACAAAAGAGGAGGAGACGGGCUCAAAUCUCUGGAGGCUGGACCCCUGCAGUUGGCUGUGGGGCUUAACACCACUUGAACAAAGAAAAGAGGUGGAAAUUGCACCAUACCCGUGCAGAUCCACCUCCAGUGACAGCUCUGGUGGUGCUGGAGUUGCUGCUGGCCAUCACCCUCAACGUGUCUGCACCGAGCCAGAAACCAUCCAGCAAUCCCCAACCUGGUUGCGCCUCAUCUGCACUUUAUCUGUAUUAUUGACUGAGAUUUUGCUUGGGUAGGAGCCUGAGUAACUGCUGGACUUGUGAUUGAUUUUAAGUCUGCUUCACUUUAUAUCCUGCAUCAUCAUAUCAGUGUCAAGAUACAGAUCUGUGAUAGAUCUGUUGUAGUGACUGAGAUUGUCAUAGGGGAAUUUAAUUGAGCCUUUUCUGUUAACUUUUACUAUGACUGGGGCAGAAGUUGAGCCUGGUGCCCAGGCAAAGCCUGAAAAGAAGGCUGGGGAAAUGGGCAUGGGAGGGCCUGAGCGAGAGAAAGAAGUCCCUUUGGUUGUCAGACCCAAAGUUAGACCCCAGACCCAGGUAACUCCUGGAGCAAAGCCGAAAACUGAGUCCAAGUCUGUGCCUGGGGCAAGGCCCAAAACUGAGUCACCAGCAAUGGCUGGGUCAAGGCCCAAAUCAGAGGCCUCAGCAAUGGCUAGAGCAAGACCCAAAACUGACCCUCCAAAAGUGGCUAGGGCAAGGCCCAAAACUGGUGGGAAGGCAGUAGGUGGUGCACGUCCUAAGUCUGAGGCCAAGGCAACCCCUGGGGCAAGCCCUAAGGAUGAUGCUCUGGCAUGGUCCCAGACUGAGUUUGGGGCCCAUGCAAUGUCACAGUCAGAUGGAGCAUCCCAGACUAAUGCUGUCAUCUGGCCACUGGUCAGUACUGAUUCUGGGUCAGUUACUAAGUCUAAAGGCUCUUUGGAUGCAGAAGUGGUCAAAGUGGACACUCAAUCCUUUUCUGGCACUCAGGGCCAGACAGGACUCCAGCCCCGGUUUGGACAAAGGGAAGAGACUGCUGGGGGUUCUUGGUACUAUCCCAGGCCCAGAGCCAGAGAGGAAGCUUCUAAUGAAUCUGGACUUUGGUCAGCAGAUGAGACCUGUGCUGUGUCUUCUUUGUGGGCUGGAGAAGAAACUAGUAUCAGAUCAUUGCCCAGGGAAGAGGCUAAUACCAGGUCCAGGCAUAGGGCUAAACAUCAGACUAACCCCAAGUCCAAGCCCAGAUCCAAGCAGGAGACCUAUUUUGAUUCUUGGUCUGGGUCUGAGGAUGAGGCUGGCAAUCCACUGUGCUUUGGGGCUGGGGAAAAUACCAAUAACUUGUUAAGGUCCAGAGUGAGAGAAGAGACAAAUAUCAGGUCCAAGCUCAGAACAAAGAGAGAGGACUGUUUUGAAUCUGAGUCUGAAGAUGAGUUCUAUAAGGAGUCCUGGUUUUUGCCUGGAGAAGAGACCAAUAGUAGAUUCAGGCCCAGAGACAAGGAAGAGUCUAAUGACACCUCUAAAUCCAGGGCCCAGAAAGGUAUUAAACACAAUGAUAGAGCCGAACAAGAGGCCAGGUAUGAGGAGGAAGUCAUUAUUGAGUCCUGGUUCUGGGCAGAAAAAGAGGCCAGUUUGGAAGCUGGAGCUGCUGCAAUUUGUGACUCUGAGUCAGGGGCUGAGGAGGGGGCCAUUGGAGGAUCCUUGUUCUGGACUGAAGAAAAGUCCAAUUUGGGGGCUUUGGCCAGAGAAGAGGCGAGACCUGAGUCUGAAGAAGAGGCCAUAUUUGGAUCCUGGUUCUGGGAUAGAGAUGAGGCCUGCUUUGACCUAAAUCCUAGUCCUGUGUACAGGGCCAACUGCAGGUUUAGAGAUGCAGUGGAGGAAGAACCUAGUGUAUCAACCAGACCCCAAACCUGGGAUGAGGUCACAUUUCAAUUCAAGCGUCCUUCUCGUGCGAUUGGCUUCCCACCCAUAACCUCUUUUAGAAUUCCCGAAGGGUCUAAUGAAGCGAUUGAGGCAAAUCCCAAGAACCUGGAAGGGGAAGAGGAAGAAUUUUUGUUUGAACCUGAUCCGCUUGAAACUGUGUUCCCAUUUCGGUAUGAUCCUUCCUAUCGGUCAGUCCAAGAAAUUCGUGAACAUCUUAAGAUCAAGGAAGGUGUAGAGCCUGAGGAUUGGUUCUGCAGCUGCAUACAGUGUGAGCUUAAAAUUGGGGCUGGAGAGUUCGAAGAACUCCUUCUAUUAAUGGACAGAAUUCAGGAUCCUUUUAUUCAAGAAAUCUCUAAAAUUGCAAUGGGUAUGAGAAGUGCUUCUCAAUUUACCCGGGAUUUCAUUCGGGAUUCAGGCAUUGUCUCUCUCAUUGAAACAUUGCUGAAUUAUCCGUCCUCCCGAGUUAGGACAAGUUUCUUGGAAAACAUGGUUCACUUGGCUCCACCAUAUCCAAAUCUAAAUAUGAUUGAGACAUUCAUAUGCCAAGUGUGUGAGGAAACCCUUGCUCAUGGUGUGGAUUCCCUUGAGCAAGUGACUGGAAUAAUGAUGCUGAGGCACCUCACUAUGACUACUGACUAUCAUACACUGAUUGCCAAUUAUAUGUCCGGGUUUCUUUCCUUAUUAACCACAGGCAAUGCAAGAACAAAGUUUCAUGUUCUGAAAAUGCUAUUGAAUUUGUCUGAAAAUCUUAAGGUGGCAAAAAAACUAUUCAGUGCCGAAGCUCUAUCAGUAUUCGUGGGUCUUUUUAACAUAGAAGAGACGAAUGAUAACAUUCAGAUUGUUAUUAAAAUGUUUCAGAAUAUCAGUAAUAUUAUAAGAAGUGGGGCAUUGGCCUUCAUUGAUGAAGAUUUCAGUCUUGAGCCACUUAUUUCUGCAUUCCAUGAAUUUGAGGAGUUGGCUAAGCAACUACAAGUCCAAAUAGACAAUCAGAAUGAUCCUGAGGUGGGACGACAGAGUUAAUGUGGUUAAUCUCCUGCUGCUGAUCAGCCUUAUGUUCCCAAAGAACCCUGAGUAGUACUUUAGUGUUCACAGUCUGGUUUUAUGUUGUAACUUAUAUUUUUAAUGCUGCUGUUAACUUGUUGAACUCUGUUUUAAGCUGGAUUGUUUUGUGGAUGCCAGAUGAAUAUUAGAACUGAAAGUGUAUUUGUUGAUACUUGUCUUGCUGUGAAAAUUGUGAAAUUUUUUAGUGUUGAGCUUCCAAUGACCUGAGUCAUCUGAGUAAGCAGCCCUGCUAUUCACUGUUUAAACGUGUGGUUCUCUACUGGAGUUUGUGUUUUCAAUAAAGUUCUAUGCUAAAAUAGGCA